GGAAGACAUUUUUGUUGUCAUUUCGUAUAAAAAAAACAUUCUUCGUGUUUCCAAGAGAAUCGCUUCCGGACGGAUUCGACAAGGAAAGGAAAGGUUUUUUUUGGAGGACGGAACUUGCUUGGAAUAUAUCGUUUUUCAUAAGUAUUCUUUGCACACACACACACCGCCCCACCACUGCGUUGCUCUGAGGUGUUUUAUUUCGAAAAGAGUCUUCGACACAAUGGAACCGUCGCCGCCGCCGGACAAGAACUGCAACGAACAACGAUUCUGUUGCAUGGUAUGUUUGUGUCCAAGACUUAGGAUGGUCUAUGGGAAAUGUCAGCACAAAUUUUGUGUGGAUUGUCUUUAUAAUAAUAAAGAUAAUAGUCUUCGAAUUAUGUCCUGUCCACUAUGUAACCAAACUGGCCAGUUCCCAGAAAAAAAACCCGUUAUCCCUGAUGAUAAUAUUGAAAUCCAAAAGUGUCUUGGGAUUGUGGAAUGUCCAAAUGAAGGCUGUAAUUAUGAAAUGUGGAGCUGGGAUCAAGAACAACACUUCAAUGAGUGUCCCAACCGAAAAUCCCCUGCCACAAAGAAGAAAACAUCAACAUACAAAAACUCCAUAAUUUCACGGCCAUACUUUUUUCGAAAAUCAAAAAAGAAAUAUUGUUCUUACUUUCUGAGACUUUCCUCAAAACAUUGAUGAAGGCUUUUCAGACACAAAUAAAGAAAUCUGUGAUAUUUUCAAAUGUUUCUAGCUUCUGUUGUAUGGUUACUUACCAAAAUCUACUAAGUACCAUCAUCAUUACCAUCCUGUUUUGCUGUUUUCUAACAAAGUAAUAACGUUUCAAAUGUAAAGUUUCUUCUCUUUAUUAUUAUUUGUAUUUUUUUUUUCUUUACCCCUAACCCUGUAUGUUUCCCCUUUGAAAUUUUUUUUACUGUUUACAGUGAAGCUACAGUUUUUGUAUGUUUGCUUCACUUUGACAAACAGACAAAUUCUGGAUUAGUUGCACAGAAGUUUGAAAAUCCUGCCAUACAAUGUGUAAUUAGUUUACCUGCAGUUUGAUUUAAAACAUUGCUCAUGGGUACCAAGACCCAGGGCUAAACUUUCGUUGAGCAGAAUCUGUGGUUUGCUGCUCUUGCGAGAAAAUCUUGUGUAUUACUACUCGCCUUUUCUUUUUCGCAACCUAAAACCUUUUUGUCUUGUCGAGAGAAACCAGAAUGUUGUCCAGCACAACGAAUCUAGUCAGUCGACCUGUGUGGCUCAACCUGGUCAUCUCAGAUGUCCUGCAUUCUUUAGGUGUUGAAACAGCAGUAUUUUUAUGUGUCAAUGUUAUGUUCUGUUUAAACUGGCCGAAACAUUCUGCCUGUUUUCUUGUCAAACUGACCAGAUCAGGCUUCUUACACCAACCCUACAAUAUAAUUCUUACUUUAUCCAAAUCUCAUAGCUACAAGAUAAUUCAUGGUUGAACCAUGAUGCACGAAUCACAUCUCAGCUGCUUUCUCUUUUGUGUUGCACUGGCCAUCAAGCUUUCUGCACAGAUUUAAGGAGUCACUGUUAUACCUCAGAAAGGCAAGCAGAAAUCCUGGAUUAUUCAGAUAAUCACUAAAAUAUGGUGAGUCUAAUUAAUGGUGGUCUGUGUUGGUAAUCGUCAUUUUAAUGAAACAAAAAUGAGUCUUCAAAAUU